CCUGGCUCUGGGCAGGUUCCCUUCGCUACCAUCUCCUGUGCAAAGGUUUUGGUUGCUUCAGUCUGAACUGGAAUGGAAAAUCAACAGCCGAGGAGGAAAAACACAGCUGCUCUUGUGAGCAGGGCACGUCAGCCCGGGCUGCUCUGGGCACAGUGCGCUGCAAGGAAGAUCUGCAAGGGAGCAGCCGGUCGAGGAAACAAAUAAUAUUUACACACCCUGCCCGAGGAACGGGAAAUAAAACCUCGCUGCCAGUAAGAAAUUCAGCCCAACCCUCCCGACCCCACCUGCUCGGGGGAAGGGCUGGCGCUAUAAAGGGCUGCGGGCAGCGAGCGGGGCUCACAGCGCCCGGGGCUCUCCAGGGAAUCGCUCUGCUCCCGAGGGAACAUGGCAAAGAAGGUGGCCGUGGUGCUGGCUGGCUGCGGGGUGUUCGAUGGCAGCGAGAUCCACGAGGCUUCGGCAGUGCUGGUGCAUCUCAGCCGGGAGGGAGCUCAGGCCGAGGUUUAUGCCCCCAACAUCCCCCAGAUGCACGUGGUGGACCAUGUGAAGGGGCAGCCGACGCAGGAGCAGCGCAAUGUCCUGGUGGAAAGUGCCAGGAUAGCCAGGGGCAACGUCAAGGACCUGGCCACGCUGGAUGUCAAGGGGCUGGAUGCCCUCAUCAUUCCAGGUGGCUUCGGGGUGGCAAAGAACCUGAGCACUUGGGCCACCCAGGGCAAGAACUGCAGCAUCUCCAAGGAGGUGGAGGGCGCGCUGAGGGCGUUCCACGCUGCCCGCAAACCCAUCGGGCUCUGCUGCAUCUCCCCGGUGCUGGCAGCCAAAAUGUUCCCGGGCUGCGAGGUGACCGUGGGGCACGACACGGAGUGUGAGCAGUGGCCUUACGCCAAGACAGCUGAGGCCAUGAAGGAGCUGGGCUGCAGGCACGUGAACAGCAAGGUGACCGAGGUGCACGUGGACACCAGGAACCGGCUGGUGACCACCAGCGCCUUCAUGUGCAACGCCCCCAUCCACGACGUCCACGACGGCAUCGGGAAAAUGGUGCGGGAAGUGCUCAGGCUGGCCUGAACCCCCCCAGGCACGCGGCUCCUCUGUGGAUGACAUCCUUCCCACGGCAGCAGGGAAAGGGACAGCCAGCAGCUCCGUCCCCACACCUCUGGUGGCUGCUGAGGAGGGAGAGCCUUGCAGUAGUUGUGUUCUGCUGAGGGCAGAACUCACUAGUGGGAGCUGGCAUGGGAUCAUGGGAUCACGGGAUCAUGGGAUCAUGGGAUCAUGGAAUGGUUUGGGUUGGGAGGGACCUUAAAGCUCAUCUUGUUCCAAUCUCCUCCCGUGGGCAGGGACAUCUUCCCCUAUCCCUGGGUGCUCCAAGCUGGCCUGGGACAAUUCCAGGGAUCCAGGGGCAACCAGAGCUUCUCUGGGUACCCUGUGCCAGGGCCUGCCCACCCUCCCAGGGGGAAUUCCAUCCCAAUAUUCCACCUAUCCCUGCCCUCCCUCAGCUCCAGGCCAGGCUCCCACAGAGCUCAGGUCCAGCUGCCCCCCAGCCCCUCCCUCGGUGAAUUGUGGCCAAAGGAAGGAACCCACUCCUGCUACCAAAUAAA